AAUACGAGCAGUUAAAAGUAUCCCGCAUUGUCAACGAAGGUGGCCCACCACAUUACUGUUAUGAAAAUAACAGCAUUGGCAGCUUCCUGGUGCUUUCCAUGUGCUUUCUUUUUCCUUCCCUGGUAACUCCUCCCACUUCAUGAAAAAUAGCACAUAGUUCCCAGUUUCAUUAUCUUCCAUUCCACACUAUCACCAUUUUGAGUUCUUCAGCAUCUCUGCAAUACCAAGAAAAGAUGGCAGCAGAAGCAAUUCUCUCUGCUUUUGUUAAAACAGUGUUGGGGAACUUGAAUUCUCUACUUCUGCAAGAGUUUGGAUCAGCGUGGGGUGUCAAGAAAGAGUUGGGGAAGCUCGAGAGCACGUUGUCAACGAUCCAUGCCGUGCUUCAAGAUGCAGAGGAGCAGCAAGUGAAGAACGAGGCAGUGAAGAAUUGGCUAAAGAAGCUUAAGGACGCAACCUAUGUUGCAGAUGACUUGAUAGAUGAGUUUGCAAUAGAAGCUUUUCGGCGGAAAGUGAGGACUCAGUCUGCUACAGUGAAUCGGGUACGCAACUUCUUUUCUUUUCCAAACUCACUUGUAUUUUUCCUGAGGAUGGGGAGUAGGAUAAAGGAAAUUGGGGAGAGAUUAGAUGGGAUUGCAGCGGAGAGGUUGAAGUUCCAUUUGAGAGAGGGAGUUGUAGAUCGGCCAGGCAAUACUGAAGGGAGACUUCAAACCGCCUCUUUUGUGAUUGAGUCAGAAGUUUAUGGUAGAGACGAAGAUAAGGAGAAAAUCGUAGAGUUGUUGAUUCGUGUCAGUACUCAAGAAGAUGUCUCGAUCAUCCCCAUAGUCGGUAUGGGGGGCCUUGGGAAGACCACACUUGCUCAAUUCGCUUACAAUGACGAGAGGGUAGUGAAACAUUUCGAGCUGAGAAUGUGGGUUUGCGUGUCGGAUGACUUUGAAGUGAGGAAGCUAAUAAAAACAAUUUUAGAGUCUGCUACCGAUGGUAAACAUGAUCUCCUAGAAUUGGAUUUACUGCAGCGUCGCCUCCAAGAACAGCUACACGGGAAGAAGUUUUUACUUGUGUUGGAUGACGUGUGGGAUGAAAAUCCCGAGAACUGGGAUCAGUUGAAACAAUUUCUCAGAGGAGGUGCGAGGGGUAGUAAAAUCAUAGUAACUACCCGUAGUGAAAAAGUUGCUUCGAUCAUGGGCACUCUCCCUCCGCACCAUUUGCUAAGACUAUCAGAGGAUGAUUGUUUGUUUCUGUUUAUGCAGCGAGCGUUUGGGCAUGGAUGGCAAGAACCUCCAAACCUCGUAAUGCAUGCAAAGGAAAUUGUAAAGAAGUGUGGGGGCAUCCCUUUGGCAGCGAAGGCAUUGGGUGGCUUGAUGCGCUUUAAAACAGAUGAAAGAGAGUGGCUGUUUGUAAAAGAAAGUGAAAUUUGGAAUUUACCUGAAGAAGAGAAUGGCAUUUUACCUGCUCUGAAGUUCAGUUAUUAUCAUCUUCCAUCACAUUUGAAGCAAUGCUUUGCAUACUGCUCAAUAUUUCCAAAGGAUCAUAGAAUUGAUAAGAAUAAUCUAAUCCUACUAUGGAUGGCAGAGGGUUUCAUUCAACCAUCUGAUGGAAGUAAACAAAUGGAAGAUAUUGGUGGAGAGUAUUUCAAUAAUCUACUGUGGCGGUCCUUCUUUCAGGAUGUUGAGAAAGAUGAUGAGGGGAAUAUAGUAUUGUGCAAGAUGCAUGACCUUGUGCUUGAUCUUGCAUGCUCUGUUGCAGGGAACGAAUGUUCAGUUGUUCAGGUGAAGAAUGCAGUGAGUAUCCCCGGCAUAUAUCUCCGUUUGUUCAUGUUGGGUGAGUAUUAUGAAUGGGUCCUAACAGUCCCAAAGGCCUCAAGGAAAGCAAACCAUUUGCGAACACUGAUUCUGGUUGGAGUACAGACUUUCAGCGUCCCUCGUAAUCUUUUAACACAUUUCAUAUGCUUACGGGUGUUAGAUUUAAGUUUAGCGCGUGUCACAACGGAGAUGUUGGUUUCAAUUAGCAGUUUGAAGCACUUAAGAUACCUCAUCAUGUAUGGUAGUCAAAUACAAGCCCUUCCUGAAUCCAUUAGCACCCUUCACCAUUUGCAAACCUUGAUACUCUCGGAGUGCUUGAAACUUGCAAAAUUACCCAGGGACAUGAGCAAAAUGACUAGCCUAAGACAUCUUGAAAUUGAUUUCUGUCCUCAAUUGACCCAUAUGCCAGCCAAUAUGGGACAAUUAAAGUUCCUUCAGACCUUGUCAAUAUUCAUUGUUGGUAAGGAUAGUGGAUGUGGUAUGAGAGAGCUGCAAGGUCUAAACCUUGGAGGAAACUUGACUAUUCGAAACCUCGAGAAUGUGAUGUGUGCAGCAGAUGCCAAGGAAGCAAACUUGAAGGAUAAGCCGAACCUUCGUAAGUUAUGCUUUUCAUGGGGUCGGGAUAUUGAUCUUAAGUUGGAAGGAAACGUGGAGCAAAUCCUUGAAGGUCUCCGACCACAUCCAAAUCUCAAAAGGUUGACUGUGGAAGGGUACAUGGGUGUCAGAUUUCCGCAUUGGAUGUGUUCUUCAUUGCUUCCAAAUCUGAUUGAAGUUUCAGUGAUUAAUUGCAGAAGAUGCGAACAGCUCCCCCUGGUCAGCCACUCCCCAUUCAUUAAAGUUCUUGUGAUACAAGGAAUGGAUGCUUUGAAAUCUAUUGACAACCAUUUCUCUGGCGGUGAUGAUGUCACUGAUGGAUUUCAGUCACUGAAAGAACUCAGCUCGAUAGAUACGCCUAAUUUAGAGAGGUCAGGAUUCAAUGGAAGAGAAGUACUCCCUCACCUUGUCAAUUUAACUGUCUCGGGAUGUCCAAAGUUAACAAUGCUUCCAUGCCUACCAUCUCUAAAAGAAUUGAAAUUGAAGGAUGGUAAUGAGAUGUUGUUAGGUUCAGUGGCAAACCUAUCCUCACUUUCCUCCCUUUCGGUUGAAGAUUUCAAGGAGCUAAGGUCGCUGCCAGAUGGGUUGUUUGAAAACCAUACCCAUCUCUUGAGCCUAGAAAUUAGGGAAUGCCCAAAGCUAGAGUCUAUUUCGUGGUGCAGUAUGUUGGUAUCUUUGCCAGAGGAAUUACAAAACCUCUCCUCUCUCAGUUGGCUGUGGAUUGAUGGGUGCAAUGGUCUAACGUCCUUGAGACUACAAGGCUUGAGCUCUCUUCAACAUCUUACCAUCCAGGGGUGUGAAAGCUUAACGAGUUUGAUAGGGGGACUGCAACACCUCACUGCCUUACAAUACUUGUUCAUUAAUGGAUGUCCGGAGCUGGCAUAUUUACCAGAGGGUAUGCAACACCUUACUUCCCUUCAACACCUCACCAUAUGGAGCUGUCAGAAGUUGACAUGUUUGCCGGAAGGGCUACGACAUGUCACAACACUGGAAGAUCUAUCAAUCGGUGGAAUGACUCCGCCGGAGUGGAUAGGAAACCUGUUUGCAACUCCUAACAAACCUCGAACAGCUAAAAAUCUGGGGUUGGCGAAGUCUAACAGCUCUGCCGGAGUGGAUAGGAAACCUCUCCUCCCUUCGAGAAUUGACGAUCGGCAAUUGUGA